CAUCCACACAAACACAAAUGAGCAUACCUAACUCCAAUCCCACACAUGGGACAUGGCAACAAAGCAAUGGCAUCACGCACAUAUACUCCCUUUUGUUUUCUUUGCUAUGGGCUCUCUGUAAAAUUGUUUGUUCUAUCCCUUCCACAUCCUCAAAAAAUCCAGUACUUCAAGAAAACUCUUGAUUCUUGAGAGUGUUAAAUUUCCUAUUUAUGUCUUCUUCCUCAAACCCUUCUCCUUUUUAGUACUGUCCCCAGAACAAGUCCAUCAUAUACCAUAUGGAAACCAAUUCUAGUUUCUUCAUACACUCACAAGAAUAACAAAUUAAUAUCCUAAUAUCAUAUUCUUGAGAAAGCGUUCUCUCUAUCUAUAUGGCAGCCUUAUUCAUCUCAAAGUCCAAGCUUCAAUCCACAGUACUUGUUCUUGUCCUAAACCUAUCUUUCUUUUUCCUCUUCUGUCUCCUUCUAAAGGUUUAUUAUCUCCAACCUCCUAAUAACUCGAAUUCUCAAUCUAAUGGCCCCCUCAAAAUCUUCAACCAUGCAAGAUUGUUCAGAGAUGUUAGUGUUGAAGGCUGCACUGACCUCCACAAGUACUCAGAUUACGAGUCAAAGUGUUUAUAUGUGAAGAACUAUCUUGACUGCAGGUCAAAAGGGUACAUAAACUAUCUCCAAAUCUUCUAUUGCAGCUUUGGAAAAUUCCAAAUUUUGGGACAAACCCUACUUGCCUUGUGGCUUGUGGUGUUGUUCUAUCUUUUGGGGGACACAGCUUCCAACUACUUCUGCAACUCCUUGGAAGGCUUGUCCAACAUCUUGAGGCUCUCCCCCACCAUUGCAGGGGUGACCCUUCUCUCAUUGGGAAAUGGUGCUCCUGAUUUCUUCGCCAGUGUUGUGUCCUUCACUGGAUCAUCCACCAAUGGUGCUGUUGGACUCAACAGCAUCCUUGGAGGGUCUUUCUUUGUGUCCUGUGCUGUCUUGGGGAUCAUAAGCAUUCUUGUUGGCCCAAAUCAGGUUCAAGUUGAUAAGGCCAGUUUCAUUAGGGAUGUGCUUUUCUUCCUUUUCUCACUUCUUAUCCUUCUCAUCAUCCUUUACAUUGGUAAAAUCACUUUGUUGGCUUCAAUAUGCUAUGUUUCCAUCUACUUCCUCUAUGUCUGUGCUGUCUCAGCCACACAUCUCAUCUAUGGAGGGGACAGAAUGAAUGAAAGGCAAUACCAAUACUCAACAUUCUCUGAUGAGGAAUCACUAGAGGCUAGCAUACCUUUGUUAGGCUAUGUUGAUGAAGAGAAACAAAGUUUGGCAGAGAUAGUGGUGGUGGUUGAUGACAAGGACCAAAACCAAAAGCAAGAUAGUGCUAUUUUUUUGGGUAACAAUUCAUUGUUUGAUUGUAUUUACAUGGGAAAAAUCCUGCAAGUGCUAGAACUACCUCUUGGCUUACCAAGAAGGCUAACAAUCCCAGUGGUGAGUGAGGAGAAAUGGUCAAAGCCAUAUGCAGUAAUUUCAGUCACAUUGGCACCGGUUUUGUUGGCAAUUCUUUUCAACACACAAAGUGAAAACGUGGGUUCAAGGAGUGGUCUUGUUACAUACAUAGUAGCUGCAUUGAUUGGGAUAGUUUUGGGCAACAUGGCAUGCGUGACAACUGAGAGGUGCACCCCACCAAGAAAGUCCUUGUUCCCUUGGCUUGCUGGUGGCUUUGCCAUGAGUGUAACAUGGACUUACAUAAUUGCUGAGGAGCUUGUUUCUCUCUUGGUCUCAAUUGGGAGCAUCAUUGGGGUUAGCCCUUCAAUUCUAGGACUAACUGUCCUAGCUUGGGGCAACUCGCUUGGUGACUUGAUUGCCAAUGGUGCCAUGGCCAUGAAUGGUGGGCCUGAUGGGGUCCAAAUGGCCAUUUCUGGCUGCUAUGCUGGCCCAAUGUUUAACACCUUGAUGGGAUUGGGCUUACCCCUUGUUCUCUCAGCUUGGUCUGAGCAUCCAGACCCUUAUGUCACUCCUAAGGACACUUCACUCUAUGAGACCCUUUUGUUCUUGAUGGGAGGGGUGCUUUGGGCACUUGUGAUUUUGCCUAAGAAGAAUAUGAGGCUUGAUAAAUCCUUGGGGGCAGGCCUAUUGAGUGUGUACCUUUGCUUUUUGGUCAUAAGGAUAGCCAUGGCUGUUGGAAUUGUGAAAUUUUAGCUAGAGAAGCAAGUCUCUAAAGGGGUCCAUUGUGGUCCUCAUGGAACAGGCUUAUGUUAAAUCAUACAUUUCACGAUCAGCAUGUCUACUUUGUACAUUUUGCGUGUAGUUUUUCUUUUCUUCUUCUUAGAAUAGUAGUAGCUAGUCUUCGCAUUUAUAAAUUCUCGUUGAAAAAUGAAAAAUAGAGUUUAUUUAUCCCAAAUAAUAUAUACAAAUGUACAUUUAAUUUUUGCUUUA